GUUAGCCCGCGAACACGGUUGGUUGCGGACGUAUGUCAUAUCGAAAAUGUUCAGACGCUCGAUAUGACUUCGUAUGACGUACGAAAUAUAUUCCAGUAGUGCUCAUGUACAUAUUAGACGAAUUCUUUGUGAAGUGUCGUGAAAUAACUAAAAUAAAAGUGACUUCUAUCUAAUUAAGUGUUUUAUCUUAUCGUUUUGACGAUGCAUUCGAAUAAAAUAUAAAAAAUCGACAAUGAUAAGAUUUGUACUUUAAGUAUCAUUGUAUAGGUUGGUGUAAGUGCAUAUGGAAUAAUAUAGUGUAUAAGAACAUAAUUCAAAUUGUUUUGGACUUAAUUGCGACGAUUCGUUGAGAAAAUGUAACCAAAUAUUGGGACGUUUACCACUUUGAGGUCGGAAAUGUUCAUCACCAAUCAACGGUACUAAUGAAGCAAUCCGCAGACGGGAUAUUGGAGUAGCAGCCGCUCGAACCGCCUUCGCAGCGCAAUAAAACAACUUGUCCCUGCCAAUUCGUACCAAAGCAUCAAGCCGAGCGAAAACAAACUGUAUCUCUGAAGCCACAAGAGAAACUUUUCAAUAUACACCGCGCAAUCCAAUGGCUCUGCUCGGAAUUGGAAAGUCAAUCCAAGCAAUAUGUCAAUUAAAGCCUAUUCUCAAUUGUAAUCAAGCGCGCCAUUAUCAAACCAAAAAGCUUCACGACGAAGUCGUUUUUCAAACCUGACUUAAAGUCUACAGAGUGUCACAGUAGCGCACAUAUAUAAUAAAGCCAAUGUAUGGUAACGCUAAGAAAACGAGUAUAAUCAACACCCAUCCAAGGGUCUCGUAUGGCGACUCAAAACCAUAAAUCUCACUCACUGCCUAGCUUUGUUGCUUUACCUUCGUGUCUUCUCAUACUGGUAUCUAUAAUUCUACUGCAACCGAACGCGGUUGAUUCAGUUGAUUGCGUAGAUUCAUUACUAGCGUCUGAGUAUAACUACACUAACCCCAAUUCCACUAGUAACUGCACGUUCUUCGAUACCAAUUCCACUCAUAAGCACAUAAAGCAUUCAAAAUAUUCCACGCCAGUCACAAUCUUUCUUGUAAUAUUAUUCCUAAUAGUAAUAGUUUGUACCAUAGUUGGAAACAUUCUAGUUUGCGUUGCUGUUAGAUUAGUGAGAAAACUGAGAAGACCAAGUAACUAUUUGAUCGUUUCGCUAGCAGUGAGUGAUCUGUGUGUGGCUAUAAUUGUAAUGCCAUUCGCAACUGUCUACGAUAUAAUGGGAACGUGGCCUUUCGGACCAGUCAUUUGUGAUUUUUGGGCAUCAAGCGACGUUCUCUCGUGUGCAGCGAGUAUUCUAAAUCUUUGCAUGAUCUCAGUAGAUCGUUACUAUGCUAUAACGAAGCCCUUAGAGUACGGGGUUAAAAGAACUCCAAAGAGGAUGCUGUUGUGCAUUUUAAUUGUAUGGAUGAGUGCUGCUUUUAUUUCGCUACCACCAGUAUUGAUACUGGGUAACGAGAAAACUGAAACCUCGUGUUCUGUCUCGCAAAAUCAAGUAUACCAAAUUUAUGCUACGCUGGGUUCGUUCUACAUACCUCUCACAGUAAUGGUCGUGGUUUAUUAUAAAAUAUUUAGAGCUGCGAGGAAAAUUGUAAAAGACGAGAAACGUGCUCAAUCACAUUUAGAGACGCACUGUUAUCUUGAGAUAAAUGUCAAGAACGGUGGUGCGGCUGAAGCGAAACUGCUUGGUAACCAGCCUGCCGCCCAACCACCUCCUCGAGGAUCAACAGCCAGUACUAAUACUACCUGCAGCGUUGACAAAGCGGAGAGCGGAUUAGGAAGGUGCUUCAGCGGUCAGCGAAAAUCCAACGAGUCUCAGUGUCCAAUGCUACAACAACCGAAGACACCCACCAAACCAAUCCACACGAUAAACCGAUCUCCCACCACUCUCACGCCAAAUAAUAAGCCAAUAGUGAAAGAUAGACGGCGUCCCUCAGAAACCAGCAAUAAAAUGACGACAAACAGGAUCCGCUCAUCGCUUUCCAACUUUGCUCAAAAAAGCCACAUUGCCAAAGACUUAUUCCAUUCGCAAUCAUCACAUCAAAAGAAGCUGCGGUUUCAGCUGGCCAAGGAGCGGAAAGCCUCCACCACACUCGGAAUCAUCAUGUCAGCAUUCAUCAUUUGCUGGCUACCCUUCUUCGUGCUUGCGCUGAUUAGGCCUUUCGUGGAAGAAGAUGCGAUUCCGGACGCCGUGAGUGCGCUGUUUCUUUGGCUAGGGUACUUGAACAGCUUGCUUAAUCCGAUAAUUUACGCAACACUCAAUAGAGAUUUUAGAAAGCCCUUCCAAGAGAUAUUGUUCUUCAGGUGUUCAAACCUGAACCACAUGAUGCGCGAGGAAUUCUAUCAUAGCCAAUAUGGUGAUCCAGACCAACAUUACUGUGGAAAUAAUACAACCAAACUGCAUAAUUACGAUGAAGGCGUGGAGAUAGUCUCGGCCAUCGACAGGGAGGAGACUCGAGCGUCGGAGAGUUUUCUAUGAUUGUCAAUGCCCGAGGUCAGCAGGGACCUAGAUACUGUGAUCUAAUAAAGACUUUUAAUAUUAUAAAGAAGUCUAACAGUGUUGUUAAUUUGGUUCAACAUUUUAAUGACUUGUGUAUUAUAAAAGGCUGUUUUGAUUCGACUAGUCGUUCUUACGUGUAUGCUCCGGUUGGAGAUAAUAAUUAGAAUGUGUUUAAAUAAUACUAUAUCAUACAUAGGUACAUUAAAUUAUAUAGUGAACAUAAAAUAUUUAGUUUAGUGAAACAUUUCGGAAUGACCAAAGAGGUAAAUUUAUUCAACGCGAGGUUUCGUAAUAUUUAAGCUGUUGUGAAUUUAAUGAAGUUUAUUAAUAAAUUUGUAUUAUAUUGUUAAAUAAGCGGUGUAUAUGAAUCGACAUUAUUGUAGCCUGAAGUAUUACUCCAUGUGAUAGUAGUAAUAGAGUUUAAUAUUACAUGUUCAUUUCUGUUUCCUAUCUUUAUGUAAAUGACGUAACAGAGUUUCAAGAACAUAUUGAAAUGUUGACAUUUAACGUAUCUAGACGUUGACUGACAAAAUUUCACAUAAUUUCUUGAAGUCUUGUCUUGAAGAAGUGAAGUUCUUGAAGUCAUUUUACAAAUUUAAACUACAUAAAGAUACAUUUGUCGGUUUGUAUCCUUCCUCACUUCUGCUCUACUUUAGACUGUGCCCCAACACUUGCAAUAUAAUCGGAAAUAUUGUCAUUUCUCUAACUUAAAACAAUAGAAUAAAAAUACGAUAGGCACUGCCAGAAAAAAUAAAAUAAGUAUUCAAUAUAAAAUGUAAUUCGUUAUGAAUAGUAAUUUUGUACAUAAAAAUGUUGAUUUCCAAGAUAUAAAAUUACGGCUUAUUAAUUAGUAUUUAUUGAAUUUCCAUAAGUUUCACAGAAGAUUUAAUAUAUAGCAGUAAUAAUAAAAAGUUAGUGUUGUAAAUAUUGUUAAUAUACUUAAUGACAUAAAACUAUUAACGUUAAGUAAAUUUAGUAUUUCCUGAAUCAGAAUCUAGGAUCAAAAAUGUAAAUAGUAUCGUCAGUUUCAGUUGACACUUAUUUCAUUAUAUAUUUUAUAAAAAAAUCUCCUUUAUAAAAAAGUCCCAGAAUUUUUAAUAACCUGUGGCUUGGUCGACGAUUAGAUCGCCUGAAAUAGAACAUAGAAAACACAUUAAGCAAUGUACAUACUUAAAAAUAUGCCCUGAAUUUAGUUGGCGUGUGCUUUAAAUUUUUAAUCUUGUUUUGAAUAAAAAUAACUCUAUAGCAAAUAAAGUUGAAUUCCAUUUUUCUACCGUUAAUUUUCAAGCGAUCUAAUACUUUCUUCGUCUUAUCAAACGUUAUUACAUAAUUCCAAAAAAUAUUGACCCACAAUUAUUUUUUUUUGUGUGUACUUUCGAUUACAGUGUAAAUACAUAAGGGCCGUGACCAAGACGCCUUUGAACAAUCAUUAACGCCAAUAGAAAACAAAAUAUCUAUAGGAAUGAUAUGUCAUUAAAUAUGUCUAAGCGACGAACGUAUCGCUAGGAUAUGUCAUACUUAUUUUUGAGCUAAUAAAAGUCGCAGAAGGUCGCUGGAUGUGGGCCGCUUUUAAUAGCUCAAUCUGGAAAUCUUUAGGGGAGGCUCAUGUUCAGCAGUGGACAUCCUGCGACUGAUGAUGAUGAUACAUAUUUUAGUUUUCUUUUAGAAGGCCUUUUUUAAAAGGCGUAUUAGUUACGGCCUCAGAAGUAUGAUUACUACAAUUCCGAUGUAAUAUACAGUCAAAUCAUGAUUAAUGAAGAGAAAUAAUUGAGUAGGUAUUUCAUUAAUCAACUAUGUUCAACUUUAAUGACAACAAAAUGGAUUAUAUUGAUUCUAUACGUUUACGAUCACGUAUUCUGAUUCAGGACAUAGAUUACACAGAUAACGUGUGGGGAAACUACGCUUGGAAAAAUAAUUUGACCGUUCGAAUUGAUGUUUUAUUGAGAUAAUAUUAAAAAUGUAAUUUCUUUGAUGUAGUUUCUUUCCGAUGUAUAUUGUGGUUGUUUGUAGGUAGUUGAUAUGAUAACCACCAAAAAAAAAUCGUCUCAACACUUCUAGGUCUAAACCUUUUCUGUAAUGUAAGUAGGAAAGUUUUGUGAAACCAAAUGUUAUAAGAAUAGUUGAAUUUUAUGUGCUUAAUAGUUCAGUAAUCGGUGCGUUUUAUCACUUUUCCUUGGACGUAACAGUUGGAUUGAAAUCGAAUGAAAUAUAUCGAAACAUUAAAUUUUUAUAUUCUAAUCUAUGGCGAAAAAUUGGUUCGCCAAUUGCGCCACUGCCUGCCCCCUCGGGAAUAAAUGGCGAGAGUGUUUUCUAUUUCUAUACUAUUAAAUACUUGUAGAUUAAAGGAGAAAAGAUAGGUCUGUAUAUAAUAAACGUAUAUAUAGUAACUAUUCAUCUCUAAUGAUUUGGUAAUUACUUCCAUGAUAAUUGCAAAUAUGGAUAUUCCCGUUUUGAUUUUGUACGCUAACUUUUCAUUUAUUAAAUUAUUAAAGUAUUUAUAAUUUGUAACUAACACAGGCUUUAUAGCAUCAUUUUAAUGCUGUUAAACAUAAAAAAAUAUAGCAUUUAAACCAUAAGGAAGCACAAUGUUUACGCUCUAACGAGACUUCAAGAUGGCGUCAUACGACUAAUACAAUUGCAAAAUAUCCACUAACAAAAAGGAGACAAUUCAUACGGUAACAACUAACCAAAAUUAACACAUCGAUCGAUUCAUUUUUGAACAAAAACCAAAAAUGCAUAAGAUCAUAUAGAUAUAUAAAGCUAUUGUCUUGUAAACUGCCUUCUCUUGCCUCAUAACUUACUAUUCAUCAAAUAAACUAUUCUAGACGUAAUACCAUUAAUUCCUCCAUUUCUCACAAAAGACAAACUUGAUCUAUAAAUCAAUCACUUACUCGCAGAUUGAGGGAAUAGAAAAUAUCUUAUCAGCGGACAUUGACUCAUAAAUGUAUAAUAAUGCAUAAAGACGGAUUUACCUCCAUAAACAAACCUAAGUAAACAUGUUUAAAUUUGUUUAUAGUAAUGUUUGCACUUCAUUUUCCUUAUUUCUUGAUUGAGUAGAUUCUAUAUCUGUACUGUUCGCUAAUAUGUCAUAAUCAAUCAUUACAAUCUUAAAAUGUUUAUUCGAUUUCAAUUCAAAAUCAAAUAUAAGACAAUCAAAACCGCGAAUGACAUCUAGUAUUAAGAUAAAGACAACAAAUACGUGCAAAUGAUACAAAGAGCUUAGUUACAAUCAAUGAUGGUUAGGUAGAACCAUAAAUAACCAUAACAAAUAUGCGUGGGCGCAUAAAAGUUCGUCAAUCAUUAAAAACUAGUUACGGCACUGGUCAAAACUAAAUUAAAUUAAAUAAUUUCUGAUGGCAAUUUAAUUAGUAUACUACAACUGUAUAUAUAAGGAUAAAUCUAUAAUCAGGUGGUUGCAUAUUCGUUAUUCAUUUAUUUAAAAUAAAGUACAGGACUUGUAUAUUAUGUAACAUAGGCAUGUGUUGUAUAAAUAUUGAGACUAUGCCAAAAAUCCAAUUAUCUGUGUCCACCUAAGAUAAGGAAUAAAAAUACAAUACGAAUGUCCAUGUCAUUUGAUUAUGUCAAUUGCAAUUGGUCGAGGGACAAACGUGUAAGCCACGUGUUGUCUCUUGGCCAAUCAUGACACGGAUGUUUAUGUCAUAUUUUAUGCCACAUACUAAAGAAUCAGCUUUGACAUCUAUAAUUCGAUCAUUUUUAAAUGUCAUACGCGGUUUUGAGUGUACGCGAAAUGUACUUUCGCACUGUUACAUUAUGGUGAACUUUCGAUUACAGUGUAAAUACAUAAUUAAUUUAACUAAGAGCUCUUAUAGUACAAAGUAUUGUUAAUUUUUGUUUAUGUUUUCGUAGAACGCUUUCCAUUUUUUUUUCAUGUAUACCAGGUGUAUUUGUAAUGUGUGUUUUAUUGGCCAGUAUACAGUAAUAUUUCGGCAUCACUGUAUGUUUCUGUAGGGAUCCUAAAGGCGACGAAAUAAAAAUUAGAUUUCAAAAA